AUGACAUGUAAGCUCUCAGAAUUUCGUUUUCCAUCAGCUUCAAAUACAAAUUCAUCACAAACAACAGGAAAUACGAAUGAAUUUUCUGGACAUACAACAACUCCAGCAACAUCUACAGGUGGAUCUGUAGGCACAGGAUUAGGAUUAUCAGCAGCACCAUCUACGCCUUCUACAUCAACACCUUUUGGAAUGGCAUCUUUUACUUUUGGAAACAGUACAACACCUGCAGGACAGCCUCCUGCACAUCCUCUUGGACAAGGAGGUAUACUAAUUAUUUCUCGAAUUAAUAGUAAGUUAUUUAAUAUAAAAGCAACAGGAACAACAGAAAAACUAUUUGGAGUAACAUCAAAGUCAACAUUGAGUAAUACAGUAGGAGGUAUGACAUCAGCUCCAACAGGAUCAUUAGAAACGUCAGGAAGUGGAACAUCUUUGUUUAAUUUAGGAGGAACAGGGCAAAAGAAUACAUCACAACCAUCUUCAACUACUCCUUUUUCUUUUGGAGAAACUACACCCCAAUUGGAUACAAAAUCAGUAUCUCAAAACAAGCCUACUACAGCCUUUUCUUUUACAGGAUUUUCAGGAAAAAAUGAGCAAACAUUGCAAGAAAAAACAACAUCUACACAACCUUUUUCUUUUGGAGGAUCAACAGCGACAACUUCUGGCUUUGUGUUUGGAACAAAUGCAAAAACGGAUACACCGCCAGUUUCAAUUGAAAAACCGUCUAUACCUUCAGAAUCCUCAAAAACAAUACCAACAUUUUCUUUUGGAAGUACUUUAACACAACAAAACCAACAAAAAACAGAAACAUCUACGCAAAAACCCGAAGAAUCUAAACCAACAUUUACUUUUAAUCUAGCAUCAGCGCCAAAUACUACUACAAAAAACACUGCACCAAGCACUACUACUUUAGAUACUACAGCUUCAAACACUACUGUUUCAGGUACUACAGUUUCUGAAAAUACUAAACCCAGCCUUUCAGGAGAUAUUUCAACACCUAUUGUUUCUUCAACUUUAUUUAAAUCAUCUGAAUCUACAUCUUCAAAUACACCAAAUUUAUCAACAAAAGAUUCUUCACAAAUAUCAAAAUCAACUCUUGAUCCAAUUAAACCUUUAUCUAAUACAUCUACUCAAGAACCUCAAGUAUCUAAUCUCAAAAAUAAAACAAUAGAAGAUAUUAUUAAUAAAUGGACAAGCGACUUGGAGAAAUAUUCUAGGCAAUUUAGCCAACAAGCAGCAGAGGUAUCUAAGUGGGACAGACUUUUAAUUGAGAGUGGAGAUAAGAUUUCAAAAUUGUACGCAGAUACAAUAGAAGCAGAACAAACUCAAUUAAAAGUAGAUCAAACAUUAACUUAUAUAGAAAGUCAACAAAAUGAAAUGUCUGCUUUUUUAGAUCAAUACGAAAACCAAGUUCAGGAAUUAAGCGAUAGACAGUUUGGGGGACCAGAUGGAAUGCAGCCUGCAGAUCAAGAAAGAGAAAAAGUAUAUAAUCUUGCGGAAAAACUUACAGAACAACUCGAUGGACUAGGAAAAAAUUUAAAAUCUAUGAUAGAAGAAAUUAAUACAGCAUCAAAUCUAAUUAAUAAAACAAAUGAAGAUGACCCACUUUCUUCAAUUAUCAAAAUCCUUAAUUCACAUCUUUCAAGUCUGCAAUGGAUACAAUCAACAACUACAAAAUUACACUAUAAAAUUGAAGAAGUAAAAAAAGCAGAACAUGCUAUAGAAAAACAAAUAGAAGAAAGCAGCUUUUAUAGUGGACGGAACAUCGGGUUUUCUUAA